GCGCCUUUGCGAAAUGAGUAGGUGACGUCAACUCUCAUUCCGCAGAGAGCGAAACAAACAUGGCGACAGAAUGGAGCGGUAAAGGGUGCACGCUAACUUUAAUACUGUUAUUUUGGAUUAAAGUCUGCGCGAACAGAGUGGAAUCCUGGCGGAGCGACAGCCGGAUUCUCGGCAUGCGGCUGGAGAGUAGCGACAAGGAGCCCUUGCCCCCCGUCGAUGGGAUCAUACAGGUAACUGAGGAGAACGACAUCCAGCUCAGGUUCUACGGACUACAGAUUAGCAAUGACACCUGGGAGCAGAUUAAGUUCGUGGAGCAGGGCGAGGAGAGCAGCUCCGACUUCAACAGGACUUGUGCUGACUUCACCAAAGACAUCUCCAUCGGGAGUAGUAUGAAAGUUGACACCCAGGGCACAUCUGGGGUGCUGGGGGUCAGAAUUAAACCACUUAGGAAAAGUGAGACCCAGAGGGAUUACAGCCUGUGCAUCAGACACAGCCAAGAUGGGAAGUGGUAUCCCCUAGGAGAAAAUCAUGGAAAGUUACGUGUGGUGGAGAAGAAGUCGUCUCUGCUUCCCAUUUGGUUCCAGGUGAUCUUGAUAUCCUGCCUCCUGGUGCUCUCAGGUAUGUUCAGUGGGCUAAACCUGGGGCUCAUGGCUUUGGACCCCAUGGAGCUGCGAAUUGUCCAGAGCUGUGGGACGGAGAAAGAGAAGAAGUAUGCCCGCAAGAUCGAACCCAUCCGAAGGAAAGGUAACUACCUGUUGUGCUCGCUCCUCCUCGGGAACGUGCUGGUCAACACCACGCUGACCAUCCUGCUCGAUGAUCUCAUCGGCUCCGGUUUGGGCGCUGUGGUGGCGUCGACCAUCGGCAUCGUCAUAUUUGGUGAGAUCGUUCCUCAGGCGCUCUGCUCUCGCCACGGCUUGGCGGUGGGCGCCAACACCAUCCUCCUCACCAAGUUCUUCAUGCUUCUGACCUUUCCGCUCUCCUACCCCAUCAGCAAACUCCUGGAUUGCGUGCUGGGCCAGGAGAUCGGCACGGUGUACAACCGGGAGAAGCUGGUGGAGAUGCUCAAGGUGACCGAGCCGUACAACGACCUGGUGAAAGAGGAGCUGAACAUGAUCCAGGGUGCUCUAGAAUUGAGGACUAAGACGGUGGAGGACAUCAUGACUCCACUCAGCAACUGCUUUAUGAUCAACAGCGAUGCUGUUCUAGAUUUCAACACCAUGUCUGAAAUCAUGGAGAGCGGAUACACACGCAUUCCAGUUUAUGAGGAUGAGCGGACCAAUAUCGUGGACAUCCUCUUUGUGAAAGACCUGGCCUUUGUGGAUCCAGAUGACUGCACUACGUUGAAGACCAUCACUAAGUUCUACAACCAUCCAGUCCACUUUGUAUUCCACGACACUAAGUUGGAUUCCAUGCUGGAGGAGUUUAAGAAAGGUAAAUCACAUUUGGCGAUUGUUCAGAAAGUUAACAAUGAGGGGGAGGGAGAUCCGUUCUAUGAGGUGCUGGGAUUGGUCACUCUGGAAGAUGUCAUAGAGGAGAUCAUCAAAUCAGAAAUCCUGGACGAGUCUGACCUUUACACUGAUAACCGCAACAGAAAGAAAGUGGCACACAAUAAGAACAAGCGAGACUUCUCUGCCUUCAAACAUGAGAGCGAGUCUAAAGUCAAGAUCUCUCCUCAGCUGCUGCUCGCCGCUCACCGCUUCCUUGCAACAGAGGUUCAUUUGUUCAGUCCAUCUCAGAUCUCAGAGAAAGUCCUUCUGCGUAUCCUUAAACACCCUGACGUGAUCCAGGAUAUCAAAUUCAAUGAGAACGACAAGAAAUCGGCGCACCACUACCUUUACCUGCGCGGCAAACCCGUGGACUACUUCAUCCUCAUACUGCAGGGCCGUGUGGAGGUGGAGGCUGGAAAUGAGAAUAUGAAGUUUGAGACCGGACCUUUCUCUUUCUAUGGAGUCAUGGCUCUCAGCGCUCCAACACUAGUGAGUGUGUCUCGUCCUCGUCACCUGUCUCUUAAGAGACGCUCACUCUUCUCUCGUUUCCCAGAAUUCCGCUCACCGUCUCACAUCGGCGGCCUUAACCGAUCAGCAUCUCUGAGCUACACGGAUCGCCCCGAACCUCAGUCUGUCAGCGGCAGCAACACGCAGCUCAGCAGCGUUCCCUUGCCGCAGUACACACCAGACUUCAACGUCCGAGCUCUGGCGGACAUACAGUUUGUGAAGAUCACACGCUCUCAGUAUCAAAACGGUCUGAUGGCAUCUCGGCUGGACAGCUCGCCGCAGUCUCCAGACAGCGGACACGGCCACAUUGAUAACAGCACACCAUCCGCUCCCCAUCCGUCUUCAGAAACCAUUCUCACGCUCACAGAUGCCCCCGACGAGACGACCUCGCUCCUCAACGAACAGAACAGCCAAUCUGCGCGCCAGGCCAACCACAGCACGCACAACGACAGUGCCAUUUGACACACUCACACGUGAUUUACCCAUAUCUCACACUCCCAUUGGACAUGAAGCACUUUUCCCAGAACUUUUCAUCAGAGCCCUUUUAGCGCCAACCAUUACAGCUCCUGGUAUAAAAGUGUGGGUGUAUGACAAGCAAUAGUUUGCUGAGACAUCCAGUCAAGAUGUUGUAUAACACCUUGUGCAAGACGAUCACAUGGAGAAGCCACAGUGAAUCUGGACUGAGAAAGGCCCAAGUUUCAGACAGACACUCUUGGGCGUUUUAUAGACUGCAAAUAGAGACCUUUCUAUAGAUGAAGAUGUUUAUUUUGUCAUUUUUCUAUUGAGGUUGAUCACAGAAAUGUGAACGAUGGAAACUACGGAUGCCUUUUUAUUUGAUGUUCGUUCAUAAUUCACCAUUGUACCAAAUUCUGUGGGUGUGUGUAUGACUGACGAAUGAGUUUAUGAUAUAGAUAUACAUGCAAGUGUGUGUUUGUACAUACGACAACGCAUGAGUCCGAUUUGGCCGUUGCAGCCCAAGCAACAACUCAGGGAGACAGAGACGCUGAGCUUCACAUACUUACUGCAUGUUUAGUAAUUCCCCAUUCAUUUACGUGAACCCAUGCGACAAGUGAUCAAAAAAAAGUGAAGCAUGCUGUCGUCAAAUGCACCAAAUACUAAGAUACACAUGGCAUCCACUCAUCGUUUUUAUGUCAGAUAUUUCUGCUGGUCGUCUGUGGCGGUGUUCAUGUGAUUUAGUAUUUGUGUAUGUGUAAAAUUGUCCUUUUUAUACUCCAAAGAGAACAAGCGUUUGUCGUUCAUUUGUUGUACGACUGUAAAUGGAGUCAUUUUUCUGCACAAACUGUUUGUGAUUGGAGCUCUUGAACUGUAUCUGUUGCUCCCGUUGGACCAGAGGUAAUCUAACCAAAAGAAUUUAACUUUGCUGUAUUUAUUUAGCGUAAAAUUGAGGUUGUAUAUUUUUUAAGUGAUUUUAUUUCGUUUUUGUGCUGUGCAUUUUCUAAACAGGUUGUGUGGUUGACAUGGUACAGACUACAAAUUGUAGAUGCCUACUAGGAAGUGGCAGGUUCGGGAAGUGACUUCAUGUAAUGUUUUGUUUGCCUUUUUUUCUACUGUGUGCAUCUUUUGCUUUCAUACCAAAUAUGUUUGAAACUGUUAAGAACAAUCAAAGUGAGGAGUGUCAGGAGACACGUUGAUAGGAAGAUGAUAUCCCACGCCUAGUCAGAUGGACACACAAAAGCCUAUUUUAUUCUGUAGCAUACAGAGGGGAGCAAGAACUGCACUGUGUAUUUCUAUUUUUGGCUGUUGACAGCUGUUCAGUUUUUAAGGAGACUCUCCCUGUAUGUUCAAACUGUUAAUCUAAUUAUGUCCUACUCAAAUUAAUCAUGAAUACAUUGUGAAUUUACACUUUUUCUUUAAUGGAAACUGCAGAGUUUUUUUUAGGUGUAAUGACUUCUUCAUUCUUUUUAUACUGUAUUUUUCCAAAUUAUUUUGUGGUUUGGGAGAGGUCUUCUUUUAGAUGAUCUGAGUUUGGCUAUUAAAUUAUUUAUUUAAUCAGUGUAAUAUGUUGCAACACUCUUGUACUCAUAUAUGUUUUGUCGGUAAUAUGUUUUGUAAAGACCCUCAAAGCGAGUAGGUGUUUAAGUGGACUAAAGCUAGGAAUCUUAACUUUUUUAAAAAUAUGUCCUGUGUGCAUAAAUUAGACAUCUUCGAGAAUGCAGAUGUCCUGAAUUAAACCAUCAGAUGGUCAACUGACAAA